AUGAUGACGAUCGAUGAACAGGGUAGCUGCUGUAAGCCACCAGACGAGUGCGGGUUCGUUAAAUCGAGCGACAAGAAGGCGAUGUGGGUGAUGCCGCCGCGGUCAUCGACCAAGGACGCGGACUGCGCCGCAUGGAGCAACGAUCCCAGCAAAAAGUGCUUCGACUGCAGCUCCUGCAAAGCCGGCCUGCUGGAAGACGUCAGGAAAGAAUGGAGGACGCUGGCUAUCAUCAACCUCUGUCUUCUUCUGCUCUUUGUCCUCAUUUACUCAGUUAGUUGCUGCGCCAGGAGAGGGAUUAACCCUUACUGUACUAAGAAUUACAAAGGGUAUUACUACCCUUGA